CACAGCUGGUUGGCAGGGAGCCGGGUGUAGUUGAUACAAUCAUGACUGUACAACACACAGUUGCAUAGAGACAGAAAGUAGAGCAAUAGUCCUGGAAAGAAGAGGAUUCUCUGGCCAUGAAUGAUUAUGAGGACAGCAUAGCUUUUCUUGGUCAAUGGGGACGUUUCCAGCAAGUUGUCUUCUUCCUGCUGUGUGUAAGCAUCGUGCCCAAUGGAUUUGGUGCGUUUACUCUUGUUUUCCUGACUGAUGCACCAAACCACCACUGCUUCAUUCCCGAUCUCAACCUUACGGAAGACUGGGGUAAAGCCAUCAUACCUGUGGAGGUGGUGAAUGGGAAACAGGAGCUGAGCAGAUGCAGCAGGUACAGGCUGGAUGUCGUCAGAAAUCUCUCUGCUCAGGGGUUAAUUCCUGGUAGUGAUGUCAAUCUCACUGACCUGGAGCAGGAGGGCUGUGUGGACGGGUGGAGCUACAACAGAGAUGUCUACAAAUCUACCAUAGUAACUGAGUUUAACCUGGUGUGCAGUGAGCAGUGGAAGCAGCCGUUCACCUCCACAGUUUUCUUUGUUGGAGUUCUUAUAGGAUCCUUUUUCUCAGGACAGCUCUCAGACAGGUUUGGAAGAAAACCUGUUCUUUUUGCAACCAUGGCAGUUCAGACUGUCUUUACCUUUAUUCAGGUCUUUUCCACUUCAUGGAUUAUGUUCACCAUCUUCCUCGUCAUCAACGGUUUGGGUCAGAUCUCCAACUUUGUAGCUGCUUUAGUGCUGGGCGCUGAGACCUUGACCGGUCAUGUACGAGUCUUUUACUCAUCUUUGGGCACAUGUUUAGCCUUUGCCAUUGGCUACAUGAUGCUACCUCUCUUCGCUUACUUUUUAAGGGACUGGAGAUCUCUCCUGUUGGCUUUGUCUUUGCCAGGCCUGGCCUACUUCCCCUUCUGGUGGCUGAUCUCGGAGUCUCCUCGGUGGCUUCUCUCUCAGGGAAGAGUGGAAGAGGCAGAGGCCAUAGUUAGGAAGGCUGCGAGGUGGAACAAAGUUCUGGCUCCGACAGUUAUCUUUCAAGAUUGCAGUGUUGAUAAGACAAAGACGCACUCUAAAACACACUACAGUGUCAUUGACCUGCUGAGGACGAGCAACAUCAGAAGGACAACACUCAUUCUCUGCUUGGUAGCGUUCUCUUCAACUGCUGGAUACUAUGGCCUGUCUUUCAACACACCCCAACUUCAUUCUGACCCCUAUAUCAGCUGCUUCAUCUCAGCAGCUGUGGAGAUACCAGCAUACAUUUCUAGCUGGCUGGCUCUGCGAUACCUUCCACGAAAGCUGUCUGUCAUCGGUACCUUGCUUUUUGGAGCAGUGCCACUCUACCUCAUUCAACUAGUACCUCAGGGUCUAUCAAGUCUGUCUCUUGCACUGGAGAUGUUGGGUAAAUAUGGUAUUACCACUACUAGCUCCCUGUUGUUUGCCUACACAGCAGAGCUUUACCCAACAAUGCUCAGGAACACUGCAACAGGGAUAACCACUACUGUUUCCAGACUGGGAAGCUGCCUUGCACCAUCUCUGUUUAAGCUGAGUUAUUACCUGUUAUAUCUUCCCUACAUUAUACUCGGGACUCUGGCUUUUGUAUCUGCCUUUGCUGCUCUCUUCCUUCCAGAGAGUUUUGGACGACCUCUCCCUGAAACUAUACAAGAUAUGCAUAAAAGAGACAGGAUAAAGUGUCCAUGCACCACUGGAAAAGAAACCCCAAUACCCUUGGGACUCCUGAACAGUCCACUAUGAUUAUGUAGAAUUUUACUGAUGUAGGGAAUAUGCUGAUAAUGCAAUUGAGUUAUUAUGACUACUGUUUACAUUUGCUGAUAUCUGAACUGUGUUUAAGUUUUUCAUUAAACAUUAAUCUAUAUUUUCCUUUAUAAUCAUCUUAAAGCAUUAAUGUCUUAUGUCCAAGGCAUUAGAAUGUAACAUUGUAAUAGCAGACUUAAAUUGAGGAGUUCUAAGUGGGGCCAUUUUCAAGAAUUUCUAAAAACAUCCUGCACUGUUUUUGUCUUAUUUUU